AUGACGGAAGUCGUGGCCGGCCAGACCCCACCGGCCCUCCAUCGACCGUCGGAAAAGGAAAAGAAGUACGACAGGCAGCUGCGCCUGUGGGCGGCCAGCGGCCAGGCGGCGCUCGAGUCGGCGAACCUGCUGCUGGUGAACUCGGGUAGCGGCACCGUUGGCGUCGAGACGCUUAAGAAUCUGGUGCUGCCGGGCAUCGGACGCUUCACCAUCUUCGACGAGGCUACAGUCUGCGAGGCCGAUCUGGGAGUCAACUUCUUCCUAGACGAGGACUCGAUAGGGAAACCCAGGGCACAGUGCUGCGCGGAGCUGCUGGUGGAGCUGAAUCCAGAGGUCCAAGGCGAAUGGCAGCCAAAUCACGAGGCCGGCCCCCUUGGCCUUGAGCAGCUUCUUGGGCAAGCCUCGCCGGCUUAUUCCCUGAUCAUCUACUCGCACCCCAUCUCGAAGAGCGACAGGGAUCUCGUCAAGUCCUACGGCCGCCAGCACGGCACGCCGCUGGUAGCCGUACACUCGGCCGGGCUGUACUCGUAUUUCCGGGUGGAGCUGCCUGGAACUUUCCCCAUCGUCGACACCCACCCAGACGAGACGGCGACGACGGAUCUGCGCCUGCUAGGGCCCUGGCCAGAGCUAGUGGACUUCGCCAAGGGCAUGACUGCAGAUAUUGACGGCCUGGACAACCACCAGCAUGGUCACCUGCCGUACGUGGUGAUAUUGCUCUACUAUCUCGAGCAGUGGAAGGAGAGCUACGAUGGGCGCUACCCCUCGACAUAUGCGGAGAAGACGGCCUUCAGGAAGAUUGUGUCCGAGGCGCAGAGGAGAGACAACGCAGAGGGCGGGGAGGAGAAUUUUGACGAAGCAGUGGCGGCGGUCCUGAAGACCAUCUCGCCACCCUCGCUUCCGUCAGGACUAAAGGAAGUGUUCAAGUACCUGGAUACCCACAAGGAUGCGGCCAAGGGCAGUUUCUGGGUCAUCGCGGCGGCUGUGGGGGCGUUCUGGGAGAAACACCAGUGCCUGCCGGUGCCAGGGAAGGUACCCGACAUGAAGGCACAGUCGAGCGUCUACAUCCAGCUUCAGAACAUCUACAAGGCAAAGGCGCGUCGGGAUGUUGCUGAGGUGCUCGAGACGGUCCGAUCGUCGCCAGGCGGUGGUGGGAUCGAGCCUGCCGAGGUGGAGCUGUUCUGCAAGAACGCUGCGUUUGUCAAGCUCAUCAACGCAACCGAGACUGGGCCCAGCGCUGAUCGGCUGGCCUCGGUCGUAGCGGCCGAACUGGCGAAUGACGCGAACGCAGAGGCCAUGAUGAUGCCCCUGUCGCUGGUCCCCAUCUAUAUGGCCUUGUCUGCCACCGCAGAUGACCCCGCUGCCACGGCCGAGGACAUCAUGGGGACCAUGAGGGAUAUGGUGCCCAGUGCCGCCUCAAACGAUCGGCUAGUGAAAGCGGCCGAGGAGGUGGCCAGGGCCAGUGGCGGCGAGCUCCACAACAUCUCGGCUCUGACGGGCGGCAUGGUGGCCCAGGAGGUGAUCAAGAUCAUCACAAAGCAGUACACACCCGUCGACAACACAUGCAUAUUCGACGGUAUCGGCAGCCGGUGCCAGACUCUGCGUCUAUGA